AAGGGUCCCGAAGUUUGCUGGGCUGACUUUGUGCGCAGCGGUGCCUCUGCCAGGGGCAGUUCCCUCGCUCCUGGGCUGGUGGGAAAGCUGGGAGCAAGCUGUCUGGCAGCGUGUGUUUCGCUAGGGGCUGCCAGAUUGCUUUCCCACACUGCAGCUUGUUCUGUUGACCACAAGUGUCAGACUGGAUCAGUCAAAAGUCUCUUCUGCUAUGUCUUGUCCAGGGCAAGCUGAAGACUAGAGAGCACUACUGUCUUUUGCACACUCUUGGAACGUACAACAAAUAAUUCCAGGGCAACAUGGCGUUCUACAGCUGUAACAUACUCCUUGCAAUAGCCAGGUCAAGUUUCAGAGUCCCUCACCUUCUUGUGCACUCCAGCUGUUCUCCAUACUCUCCAUCAGUUGCAUUUGUCCAGCAAGUGGAUUCUCAUUUACACAGAAGUUACAUGAGAGACUCUGAAAACCAGCAGUUACUGUACAGCCCACAGCUGGCCCAUGGACUACCUCACCUACGAACUAAAGCAGUGCGAACAUUGCACACAUCUGCCUACUGGCAUCAAGAGCUUCAAGAGAAAUCUCAGCUGCACCAAAGCACAAUAAAUCAGGACACUGAGCGUGCUAAAGCUGUAUCCGACCACAGCACAGAGACUAGUGUGGGGAAAAAGUCUUUACGCCAGAGAAUUGUAGAUGAACUGAAACAUUAUUACAAUGGAUUCCACUUGCUUUGGAUUGACACAAAAGUCGCUGCCAGGAUGGUAUGGAGGCUGCUACAUGGUCAGAUUCUCACUAGGAGAGAGAGGCGAAGGCUACUGAGGACAUGUGCUGAUCUCUUCCGACUGGUUCCCUUCUUGGUGUUCAUCAUUGUGCCCUUCAUGGAGUUCCUGUUACCUGUGUUUCUAAAACUCUUUCCUGAAAUGUUGCCCUCAACUUUUGAGACUGAAUCAAAAAAGGAAGAAAAACAGAGAAAGAAAUUAAGUGCGAAAUUGGAGCUUGCGAGAUUCCUGCAGGAGACGAUUGCGGAAAUGGCCAGAAGAAACAAAGCUGAUACAGGAGAGGCCACCAAGCAGUUCUCUUCCUAUGUGCAGCAGGUUCGUCAUACAGGCCAGCAGCCCAGCACCCAGGAGAUCGUGCGCUUCUCCAAACUCUUUGAGGAUGAGCUGACUCUGGAGCACUUAGAACGGCCACAGUUGGUAGCCCUCUGCAAGCUGCUCGAACUACAGCCCAUUGGCACCAAUAACUUGCUGCGCUUCCAGCUUUUGAUGCAGCUCAGGUCUAUAAAAGCAGAUGAUGAGAUGAUCGCUAAGGAAGGUGUCGGUGGGCUCAGUGUGUCCGAGCUGCAGAGUGCGUGCAGGGCCAGAGGCAUGAGGUCACUGGGGCUCACCGAGGAGCAGCUGAAAGAACAGCUCAGCCAGUGGCUUGAUCUACAUCUAAAGGAGAAUGUGCCUCCUUCGCUGCUGCUGCUUUCUCGUGCCUUGUACUUGAUAGACGUGAAGCCGAAACCUGCUCAGGUGUCGCAGAAUGAGGUUCGGGUUAGUGAGGCUGCCGCAGAAGCACCAGUGUGCGAAGCUAAAGAAACCUUAGUGGAUUCUGCACCCCUUGUGCAAGGAAGAAAGGCAGAAGAAUUCAUAUCGCAGCCUUUGGAGAAGUUACCAGACCCUGAAGUAUCUGUCCAGCCUCCCCCAGGAAAGACCAAAAUGGAAGCAUCUCAGAGCAGCAAGGCCAGUGCCAACGGCGUCUAGUCCUGUGCCAGCAAGGACCCAGGAUCAUGGGCACUGUCCGCGCAAGACUCCACUCCUCUGUACCUCAUCUAACCCCACAACUGGGUUAGCAGUGUGCUGGCAGGCUCCCUCCCACACUGCGGCUCGCAGCCGUCUCCAGGGGGCCGCCUCGAUCAAUUCCAGAUUGUUUUAUUAGCAGCUAGGCCAUGCAAAGGACACAUUCCAUUUAAAAUACCCUCUAUAAAUUAAGUUAUAUUGUACAUAUGUAAAUAGUGCCAUUAAAAUGCUCUAAGCUGUAAUUUAUCCCAUGGCUGUGUCAUACAAUGAGGCUUUGUGCGCUUCAUUUCGAGGCAGCAUGUUUGUUUUUACGAGGGGCUGGAGUGCAGAGGCGGGCCGGGUUUGGGGCUUUAGUAAAAAUAUCCCCCGUCUUCGUGGCGCAAUCAGGGCUUGAUUUAAUGGCUGAAGCCAUUUGUACAGACCACAAGCCCUUUGGGUGCCCUUUGUUAGCGAAUAUCUUGUGAUCAGAAUGGUUGACCUAGCUGUUGCAAUUAAACUAACAUGCGUUGCUGUUAAGUCUGUGUGGAGAAGACUAACGGCGGCGUUGCAAGAGGCAGGAGGGAGGGUCACCAGAGUCUGAGUGGAGAGAUCAAGACUGUAGGAAUUCAGUCUCUUGUCCUAGUUUAAAGAGAGCUUCCUCCAUUGCAUGCUGGGCCUGCGUCCUGCCCAUGUUUGGCAGCAGCGUGGAGCCUCUAGCACAGACUUGCAUGAGGGUCUCUUUCAUAGCCCCAUCUCCCUAGGAAGUGUGUAGCAUGGCAAGGGGGCCGGGGGGAGGCUGACUUCCACCUUAAACAGUUCCGUUGUUUUUAAAAUAGUCUGAGAUCAGACUUGUUGUUUUAAUUCUAAUCAUCUGGUCCUUAAAACUAUCCACUAAUGAGGAGGGUUGGAAUACAGCAAGAAUUGUUUACAAAAGUAUUUCAGCCAUACCCAUCUUCUGGGCAGAUUGCACAGGAAGAAACUGAGAAGUGGGGGGAGGGGAAGAGGCUGUAAUUGAAUGUUGACUGCCUGUGUCCGUAAAUGAUCAAAACUUUCUCAUUUUAUGGACAUACUGAACCUGUUUGACUGGAACGCCGAAAGUGGCUAUGCAUGGGAGCAGGUUGCGACUCCGUGUGAGUCACACGGAGUCCCUAGGCCCAUCGCCUGGCGAAAGGGCCCAUCGGCUCAGUCUUAGUAGGUUGUUUCAUUAGGCUACCAGGCUCUUAUUUCUGUGGGGCAGGGAGCAUCUUCCAGUAGUGCUGUGUUCUGGGCUGGUAACGCCAUGUGCUAGGGCCGUUCAAAUCUCUGCUUUACAAAAGCAAGCGUUCUUUGAAGACGAAGAGGUAUGUGUCUUGCUAAGGGUUCAUAGAAGACCAAUGUGAUUCCAAUAAAUGCCAUGCUGUUCUACCAUCCUCCUC